AUGGAUGGCUUCAGCAGAUUCCGACCCGCGUUCACUCGAUCAACCACAGCCGAUACAACAACGUCAAUCGAGUUGGUGCAGAAUAACGACACGAAGACAGCUACUGUCCUGGAGACUCCUGCAACGUACGAUGACCAAGACAAGCCUCAAGUCAUCGAUCAAGGCCUGCAACGAGGUGUGCAGAAUGUCGAGCUGGUAACGCAGACCUGGUCUCGAGCAUCCCUGAUUGCUGUCUUCGUUAAUAUCUGGCUUCUCUACUUCGUCAACUACUUCUCCUCCUCCAUCCUGUACAAUUUGGUCCCUUUCGUCACUAGCUCGUACAGCUCGCACUCCCUGCUCAACGUCAUCUACAUCGUCUCGAACGCAAUGACGGCUGCAAUGUACAUUCCUCUGGCGAAGACGCUGGACGUCUGGGGACGAGCAGAAGGCUUCGCCAUAAUGGUGGCUGCUGCCACCAUAGGCCUGAUCCUGAUGGCUACCUGCAACGGCCUCUCGAUGUUCUGUGCCGCCUACGUUUUCUGGAACAUCGGUACAGGCGGUAUGACCUAUUGCGUCGACGUGGUCACCGCCGACAUCUCGACCUUGCGAAAUCGAGGUAUUGCAUACGCAUUCACAUCUUCGCCGUACAUUAUUACAGCGUUUGCCGGCGCCAAAGCGUCGGAACAGUUCUACAACGAUAUCAGCUGGCGUUGGGCGUUCGGCUGA